AUGACCCAAGAACCAGUAUACAUUGUCAGUACAGCUAGAACCCCAAUUGGUUCAUUCCAGGGCUCCCUUGCCUCUUUUGGCUACGUUGACCUUGGUGCUCACGCGGUCAAGGCCGCGCUGGCUAAGGUGCCCGCAAUCAAACCAACCGACGUUGAAGAAAUAUUCUUUGGAAACGUGUUGCAGGCCAACGUGGGCCAAGCUCCAGCCAGACAGGUUGCCAUAAAGGCUGGUCUUGGUGAAGAUACUCCAGCUACUACCAUCAACAAGGUUUGCGCUUCGGGUAUGAAGUCUAUCAUUUUGGCUGCCCAGACGAUCAUGAGCGGAACUGCGGAUAUUGUCGUUGCUGGUGGUGCCGAGUCGAUGACUAACACUCCUUACUACCUUCCAGCCGCACGUUCUGGUCUCAGAUUCGGGGACGGAGUUGUCGUGGACGGUGUUUCCAGAGAUGGUCUUCUCGACGCCUACGACGGAAAGGCCAUGGGUGUUGCCGCUGAGAAGUGUGCUGCUGAUCAUGAUAUCUCCAGAGAGGAUCAGGAUGAUUAUGCUAUCUCCUCAUACAAGAAGGCCCAGGCCGCACAUGCUGCCGGUAAGUUUGCGGCUGAACUUGCCCCUAUUACCAUCAAGGGUAAGCGCGGCAAGCCAGAUGAAGUGAUCUCCAUCGACGAAGAGACCAACAAGCUUGACGAGAAGAGAUUGCGCACCGCAAGAACUGUAUUCAAGCCAGAAAAUGGUACUGUCACUGCACCAAAUGCAUCUCCAAUCAACGACGGUGGUGCUGCUGUCGUUUUGGUGAGCGCCCGCAAGCUCGCUGAGUUGAACUUGACCCCACUAGCCAAGAUCAGAGGCUGGGGUGAUGCUGCGCGUGCCCCAGUUGACUUCACAAUUGCACCAACGUUGGCUGUUCCAAAGGCUUUGAAACACGCCGGUGUAUCUAUCGCAGACGUUGACUUCUUCGAGCUCAAUGAGGCUUUCUCUGUUGUUGGUUUGGCCAACGCCAAGAACCUUGACAUCCCACAAGAGAAGCUCAACGUAUACGGAGGUGCCGUUGCCCUGGGUCACCCACUGGGAUGCUCUGGAGCAAGAGUCGUUGUCACAUUGUUGUCUGUGUUGCAGCAAGAAGGCGGAAAGAUUGGUUGUGCCGGUAUCUGUAACGGUGGUGGUGGAGCCUCUUCCAUUGUUAUUGAGAGAGUUUGA